AUGGAACGUUGGGACUUCCUGGGGUUUUUGACCAUCACGUUAAACUGCAAUGUGACAAUUGUGGGGAAGAUCUGGCUCAUCUUCACACUGAUGCUGAGGAUGGUAGUAAUCAUUUUGGCUGGCUACCCAAUCUACCAAGAUGAACAAGAGAGAUUUGUUUGUAAUACUCUGCAGCCAGGAUGCUCCAAUGUAUGUUAUGAUAUGUUUUCUCCUGUGUCCCACUUCCGGUUUUGGCUGAUCCACAAUGUGUCUGUUCUCCUACCAUACACCAUGUUCAGUAUUUAUGUCCUUCACAAAGGAACCCUGCACGCUGCAAGAGGAGCCCUCCAACCAGACUGUUGUACAGGAAGUCAUUCCCUCUCUGGCCAGAAAGCAGUUAAGGGACUCUACCCAAGGCCCAGCAGUUCUCAUCUAAAUGUACCUGACUUUUCCACUGCAUACAUAAUCCAACUUCUCCUGCGGAUCCUGACUGAAGCAGCUUUUGCUGGUGCCCAGUACUAUCUCUUUGGGUUUUGGGUUCCAAAGCAAUUCUCCUGCUAUCACUCCCCUUGUACAAGCAUGGUGGAUUGCUAUAUCUCCCGGCCCACAGAGAAAUCAAUCAUGAUGCUUUUCAUUUGGGGAGUCAAUGCUCUAUCCUUCCUCCUAAGUUUUGUUGACCUGCUUUUUUGCAUGCAGAGAUGGCUGAGACAGAAGCAUCUGGCCAAACAGGUGAUAAAAAAUGCUUGUGUCAGUGAGGAGCAUGACUCUCCAAACAUGUCUCUUGGUGAAGCCAAGAACUGUUUGGCCUCGGAGGUAGGACCAGAAUCUCCACGCCUGGUGAAGAGGUCUAGUCAGACCAGUGAGAAUGGUGGGUGGCCUGAGUCUAGAGGGGAAGAAGAUGUAUCUCUUCAUUCUGUGGUGUGGCCUAAAGAUGUAGCUUCCAGGUCAAACCUUAACAGCCCAGGCAAUAAGUCCUGCUCAUCGGGAAGAAUACCUUUUCUAGAUGAAGAUGGCAGUGAAGUGAUGUCCACUGGCAGUGAACAGCAAGGGAUAGCUCCUAAACAGCUUCAGGGUAGGCCUAUCGAAGAGAUGGCCCAGGCUACCAGGCCCAAAGACAGCCCCCAUCUUGGGGAACUUGUCUCUGCCCCACGAAGCCGACUUGGGGGUCAUUAUUCAUCCAGAGAGCUGAAACUUUCUACCUCUCAGGUAAGCUGUGGCAGCCCUAGCCACCGGAGGGCCAAAAAGUCUGAAUGGGUAUGA